AUGGACGACAACGUCUACCCUAUUUACAGCUCACAAGAAAGCAAAGCACAGCAUGUAGAUAACGCAUCAAUACUAGAUCAAAACGAGAAAAGACGUCUCUUCUUCAAGUUGGAUCGUCGUAUAAUACCUUACCUUGCCCUUUUGUAUCUUUGCUCGUUUCUUGACCGAGUAAACAUCGGCAAUGCCAAAAUUGAUGGUAUUGUUGAUGAUCUUGGUAUGAGCGAAAGUAUGUUCAACUGGGCAAUGUCAAUCUUUUUUAUCGGUUACGUCAUCUUUGAAGUACCCGCCAACUUGUUCCUAAAGCUUAUGGGCCCAAGGUACUGGAUUAGCUUAAUAAUGCUCGUGUGGGGUGUCAUUAUGGCUGCCAUGGCUGCCUGCAAAGAUGGACCCAGCUUAUUGGCUGCAAGGUUCUUUCUGGGUUUGGCUGAAAGCGGCUUGUUUCCAGGAAUUGCCUUUUAUUUAUCGGUGUGGUAUCCUCGACGUAAUCAGACGGUGCGGAUCGCUAUGGUGUGGGCGUCAUCCACAAUCGCAGGGGCCUUUGGUGGUUUGGCGGCAUACGGUAUCAUGUACAUGGAUGGCCUUCAAGGUUUACAUGGAUGGCAAUGGAUAUUCAUUUUGGAAGCACUACCCACUCUGUGUUUGACCAUUGUCACCUUUUUUUACUUACCUGACUAUCCUGAAACAUCGUCCUUUUUGUCUGCCUCAGAGAAGGAGGCUCUUGUUCAUCUACUUGAUCAAGAUUCGCCAGCCAAAGAGAAACAUUUUUCUUGGAGACAAGUUGCCAUGGCAUUGACGGAUUGGAAGAUGUAUGCUGUUGGAUCAAUCCAGCUAUGUUCAGCUACAUGCAUGUAUUCAUUCAGCCUUUUUCUCCCCUCGAUCAUUGUUGGCAUGGGAUACAAUAACAUACACGCUCAGCUCAUGUCAGCUCCCCCUUACGCAGUUGCAUGUACGUUGACAAUGUUAUGUGCGUAUACCUCGGACAAGUACGUGGAGCGUGGAUAUCAUGCUGUCGUAUGUUGUUUGAUCGGCAUGAUUGGUUACAUCAUGCUUGCCACACUCCAAGAUCACAGCAAUGCUGUUUUGUAUGGGGCAUCCAUUGUUGCAGCUUGUGGCAUAUUCCCUGUGCUUUCACUUACAGUCGCUUGGAACAGUAACAAUCAAGGUGGUCACUUUAAGCGUGCUGUAGCUAUCGCAUUUGUUGCAGGGAUGGCCAACUGCGGUGGAAUCAUAGGCGCCCAAAUUUAUCGAGCUGACGACGCACCAAAGUACAUUCGUGGCCACACAAUAUGCGUUGCUAUGAUGGGAGGAGCCUGCAUUUUAUCAAUUUUGACCAAAAUGGGACUUGCUCGGGAAAACAAGAAACGGGAUACAAUGACACCGCAAGAACAUGCAGCUGCAUGUGAAGGCAAAGAUUUGUGUGAUAAGCAUCCGGAUUUUAGAUACAUUCAUUGA